UAAACGACUCUGUAUAUAACAACGCCAUGCAAUUAACCAACCAAUCAAAUGUUGCUACUGGCACUGUCACCGCCCCGAAAAUCAUGAGGACGGUGCCAGGCAGGGCCUUUAAUUAAGUAUUCGCACGAUGACGUGUUUGCUGAACUGACUGCAUGGAUCGGGGUCAGAAAGCAUCUCCCGCGGUCACUCCGCCCGCUGUUUUCUAAGGACCGCACGUGUUGAAAAGAAGCGCCCCCUAGCUAAGCUAGCUAGCCGGUAAGUUAGCGAACCUCUUUCUCGGUUUGUCAUGGCGGACGGUGGCGGUAACGGUGCGGCAAACCUUCCACCGGGAGACCCGCAGCUAAUCGGUAUGAUCGUGGAGCAUCUGAAGAACCGGGGUCUUUUUGACGAGUUCCGUCGGGACUGUCUCGCCGACGUUGAUACGAAGCCUGCCUUUCAGAACCUGCGGCAGAAAGUUGACAACUAUGUCACGUCGCACCUUGGCACGCAGGACUGGAACCCGUCCAUCAACAAGAACCAGAUGAGGAACGGACUGCGGCAAAGUGUUGUUCAAUCGGGUAUGCUGGAGUCCGGUGUGGAUAGGAUCAUCACUCAGGUCGUCGACCCCAAGAUGAACCACACUUUCCGGCCGCACAUCGAAACUGCUAUCCAUGAUUUCUUGUCAGGGGAAAGUAGGGAGGAGAACGCCUUGGGUUGCAACUCUGCACCGUCUGAGCAGACCGAACUACAGGAGGCACCGUCUGCCUCUGGCCCCAAAACCCCUUGCAUGCCGUCGAACUUGUCCGCUGUGUUUUUCCUGCUCCUGGCCUGUCAACCGGUGCUGACCACGGAUCUGCAUGAUCUCCAUGAGAAACAAGUCAAGAAGCGCCUCUCUCUGCAGAGCACAGCGGAGAUCCAGAGUUGCCUGGUGAGUUCAGGGGAUGUCGGCUGUGGGACGUUUCAGUGUUUCAAUAACAACUCCUGUGAAAUCCAAGGGCUGCACCACAUCUGUCUCACUUUGCUGCACAACGCAGGGCGCUAUGACUCACAGGGAAAGUCCUUUGUGAAGGAAGCGUUGCGCUGCAUGGCGCUGGGACUGCGGCAGCGCUUCAGCUGUGUCAGCCGCCGGUGCUCAUCGGUAAAAGAGAUGGUGUUCUCGCUCCAGAGAGAGUGUUAUUCCAAACACCAGCUCUGCCUGGCGCCACGAGACCACAUGGAUACCAUGGGCAACCUGGUCCAGUUCCACCUGAUGUUUCCCCCGGGACCGUACGUGGAACUGAUGAACUUCCUGUUGAAGUGUGGAGACAAGGUUGAGUCGUGGGUCGGCCAGCGGCUGCGCAGGCAGUGCGAGCAGCACUGGGGGGCCGUGUGCAGCAGCUUCAGCAGCACCUGCUCUCACAGCCAGGCAGACGCGCUGCAGCAGACCACCGCUACACCGCCCACCUGGUCCACCGGGCCCAGCACCGAUCAAGGGCCCCCGCAGCAGCCGACCAACGUGGCCGAACCAGAGGACAGUCGGAACGACAACGCAACCGAAUUUGGUCGUCUCACGUCUGAGAAAUCCAAUGUUACUGCUUUUUAAAACAGGGUACACAAAAGGUCAUGCACUUAUUAGUAGUAGUCGUCGUAGUUUAGUGUCUUAUUGCUGGUGAAAGCAAUGUAACAUAACUUAUUAUAACUCUGUUGGAUAUCUGUGCUAUAUUAUUAUUUUUUACUUUUUACAAGGAUGAAAACCACGCAUCUACCUCUCUUCAACGUCACAGUAAACCACAGUGAUGUUUGUACUGCAGCAAAGGGCCGUGACAAACACGAGUCAACGCCGCAGGGAAUAUCUCAAGUGCAGAUGAUAGCUCAGUCAGUAUUCUACCUAUUUAAAAUCAACUUUUUGUAUUCAUGAGUAUCGUUUUAUUACGCCCCGUGAAGUGGACAUGCUAUCCAACGUCAUCUUGUAGACCGUCGGGUUCAGUCUGCAGGAAGGAAAGCACUCUUUGGUUAUGACAUUAUAGAUAUGUAUUUUUGAUGCUCAACAUUUCAUACAGACUACAGGUUUCAAAGCUAUGUUUUUGUAACUUUUUAUUUAAAGUAGUCUCAAAAUACAGGUGUAGGCAUUUUGAUUGAAAUUAAAUAAACUACAAUGAUGUCACUUGACAGAGAGAAGAGUGUUAGUCCGUCCGGUCCUGUAAAAUAAUUCUUCAUACAAAUGAACAAUAAAGCCUCUGAUGGUGGUAAAUAUUG